AUGCCUGAACAAAUCCCUGUUGGCGCCUACACACAUCUCAACUUUGCCUUUGCCUUUAUUGAUCCCAAGUCAUUCAAGGUUGCCCCCAUGAGUGCGGCCGACACCGAGCUGUAUUCACGUUUCACGGGCCUCAAAGACUCAAACCCCGGGCUACAGACGUGGAUCUCGAUUGGCGGAUGGUCAAUGAAUGACCCAGAUCAGCCAACGGCCACAACCUUCUCGGACCUGGCGGGAUCCAGUAGUGCCCAAUCGACAUUUUUCAGCUCGCUGAUCUCCUUCCUUCAGACAUGGGGAUUCGACGGCGUUGACAUCGAUUGGGAGUACCCCGUUGCAACUGAAAGGUCUGGGAAACCACAAGACUUCCAGAAUUAUGUCUCGUUUUUAAAAAAUCUUCGCUCGGCUUUGGGAGGCAGUGGCCACAACUACGGGUUGACGAUCACAGUCCCUUCCAGCUAUUGGUAUAUGCAAAACUUCGACAUUGUGGCAAUUGAGAAGGUGGUGGAUUGGUUUAACGUGAUGACAUACGAUUUACACGGCACAUGGGACUCCACAGACAAGUUUAUCGGGCCGAUUGUCAAUGCCCAUACUAAUCUCACGGAGAUCGAUCUGACCAUGGACCUGUUCUGGAGAAACAAGGUUGAUCCGGAUAAAAUUGUAAUGGGCCUGGGCUUCUACGGCCGAAGCUUCACGCUUUCUGACCCAUCCUGCACUCAGCCCGGCUGUCCAUUCAGUGGAGGAGGGAACCCAGGAAAAUGCUCUGCCAGUGCCGGGGUUGGUCCCCUCCCCCUUCCAACGCUCAUGUAUUCGGAAAUCCAAGACAUCCUGACUGCUGGAGCAAAGGCGACCCUGGACAAGGAUGCAGCAGUGAAACAGGUCGUCUGGGAUAAUAACCAAUGGGUGUCAUUUGACGACGCGGAGACACUCAAGUUGAAGACCGACUACGCCAAUGGCAAAUGCCUGGGCGGUACUAUGGUUUGGGCUGCAUCUACCGAUGACACGGUAGGGUCUGCGGCCCAGGCAUAUAUCAAGAACAACGGACUGGUCGCUCGUAGCCUCUUCGGGGGCGGGGCGAAUCCCAAGCAGGAGGAUGUCCUCUCGGCCUGUAUCUGGGGCGAGUGUGGAAAAGACUGUCCGGAUAAGUCUCUCCCAGCACAGCGAAGCGAUGGUAAAGACCGCGGAAAUGCAGGCAUCUACACGGGUUGUAGUGAUGGCGUGACCAGGAACUAUUGCUGCCCGAAAGGCCAGGAUAUGCCAACAUGCCAAUGGCGUGGACGUGCGCCUUUCUGCGGCGGAGAAUGCCAUUCAGGCGAGGUGCAAGUCUCGUCGGACACCAGUGGUACAGGCGCCGAGUGCUGGACAGGCCAUAAGGUGCUGUGCUGCACUUCAACAAAGUCGGAUGCCGGUAUAGGACAGUGCAAAUGGGAGGGAGCUGCGCCCUUCUGUGGCAAGCACGGGAGAGUAGGCGAGCAUUACGGAUGCGACGAAUCCGACCGCUACGAAGAGACAUACGAUUCGUUGGGUGCUGGUGGUGAAGAGUAUUGCGUUUCAGGCUACAAAUCCUUCUGCUGUACCAAACCUCCUCCCUUUACGGGAUGUGGAUGGACAUCAAAGGCACAUCCUUGGCUACACCCUUUCACUUGUCCGACAGGGUGUCCGGCUGGAAAGCAGAUUAUCGCCCAAGAUCCCUCACAGACCAGCUUCUGUGAUAGUGGGUCCGCUUUCUACUGCUGCGAUAUCCCCCUUGAAGAUACUCCCGACAGUGAUAGUAAUUUGAACUUCUGCGAGAGCACCGAUGGCGACUAUGUGCUUAGUAUUCAAGACACCAAGGAGAACAACUAUGAUGAUGAUGGUAACCCCGCGGACAUUCUAGAACUCUGGUGGUACGAAGAGGAUGUGUUUGUGGUGCCCAACGACGCCUCGCCCGAUAACAUGAAGCGUGGGGUGGGCAUUCUCGAUGAGCUGCAGGCGCUAAGAAUCAACCGUCAGUGGGACACAGGUUCUAGUCUGGACAACCGGACUCUGCCGCAGAUAUGCAGUACACCGGACGACUGCUUCUUUGCUUUGGAGCCCGACCUUCCCGAGGUUCAGGCGCUUCUGGACGAAGUGCGUCGGUCCUGGGAAUACAGUGGGAGAGUCAGCCGGAUUUCCAAGCACCCGGAUCUAGUCGAACGCGCCCGUGUGCGUUCAUCGGUCGUUAAACUCCCGCGAAAUCGACGAACAAAGUUCAUUGCCUCGACCUAUUAUACCGUCGCCGAACUCGCCGGCAAAGGGAGACAGUUCUGGGCCAAUGGCGCAGGGAAGGCUACCGCUAUUUGCUUGAAAAACGCCGCUGCUUUUCAGGCACGGAAGUUAGCUCGCAAAUAUGUCACUGAACAUGUCACGGAGCUGCAAACGCCGGCACAAUUUGCGCAGUCGAUGAUCGAUAACAAAUAUCCGGAUAAAAGCAUUCCCCAGGGAAUUUCGAGUGGAUAUAGUUGGGAAGACGUCUUUGGUGACACCGGGUACGUGCACUGGACGUGGGAAGACCUUGGAGUUGCACAGCCUGCUGGCUUAGACGGCGACACGCCGAUUGAGGCGAUUUACCAUGCCCUUGGGAGUAAAUCGGGCGAUGCCGACUAUCAGAACCUGAUGAUCUGCGAUGCUCAGACGAAUUCCUUGAAGACAUCCGCGUGGGCGAUCCACACGAAUGUCAUCGGCGACGACAGAUGGAACAAGGCGAGCCCGUCCGUGCGGCUUGCAUAUCUCAAUAACAUAGAUCAAUCGCUUCUUCCUUAUAUGAACUCCCCCGACGCUAACUACAGCAUUGGAAUUCUCUUCACGCAGGCCCAGGCGGCACUGAAGCAUGCCUACGAGGUACAGCAGCAGAUCUUCAAAGCUCUUGACAGUGCCGCUCAAAACAAUCCCAAGGUCACUGGACCGGGAGUCAGUUUUGCGGCACUGCACAAAACGUGGUAUCAGCGGUUCUUCGCGGCGUUCAAUGACAAUUUGCAGACCUUUUACCAGGCUAAAGUGGACAAGGAAAUAACAAACUGGACGGGCGGCAGUCAAGCGUAUGGACUGUACAAGUCUCUACAGAGGAACAAGAUCGUUUCAGACCUAAAAGGCAGGUCGAGUAAGCUGUCGAGCCUGACAGUGCUCACGGCCUGGAUUACGUGA